AUGUCUAAGGAGGACCCUCAUGAAGGGUUUUUGGUACCAGAUGGUAUUUCUCCACUUUCCUCGUCGGACGUCAUCGAGCCAAGAAGGGCAGCAAGACUUAUACAGGACCAUCAAUUGACAUUGGAUCAUGAUUCUAUGCAGAUCCCCAAAGAGCCAUCAGGUAGGAUACGGCUCAACGAUACAGAAAUUACAGCAUUGUCGGGAGCACUUUCAGGAUUUAUCUCUGGGAUAGUAGUCUGUCCCCUGGAUGUAGCCAAAACUAGAUUACAAGCCCAAGGGUUACAAUCUGUCGGGGAAAACCGUUAUUAUAACGGUAUGCUAGGUACUUUCUCUACAAUUAUCAGAGAUGAAGGUGUUCGAGGCCUUUAUAAAGGUUUGGUACCGAUAAUAAUGGGAUACUUCCCAACUUGGAUGAUCUACUUCUCUUUCUAUGAAUUUUGCAAAGAUUUUUACCCUCGAAUGCUCCCCCAUCAAGACUUCUUAUCAUACUCAUUAUCUGCAAUCACCGCUGGUGCGGUCUCGACCACAGUAACAAAUCCAAUUUGGGUCAUCAAGACAAGGCUGAUGUUGCAAACUCAUGUGUCACAGUAUCCGACUCAUUACAAAGGUACAUUCGAUGCAUUCAACAAAAUAAGAACUCAGGAAGGUUUCAAAGCUCUAUAUGCCGGUCUGGUACCGUCAUAUUUUGGGCUCUUACAUGUGGCUAUUCAUUUCCCCGUUUAUGAGAAGUUAAAAGUUACAUUUAAUUGCUACCGUGGCAAGAAUAAUAACCAUGAGCUUGAUUUGUCCCGUCUAAUAAUGGCUUCAUGUGUCUCCAAGAUGAUCGCUUCGGUGAUCACUUACCCACACGAAAUUUUAAGAACAAGAAUGCAAUUGAAAUCAAAUUUACCGGACUCAGUACAGCAUAAGAUGAUACCUUUGAUAAGAAAGACAUAUUUCACUGAGGGAAUACGAGGUUUCUAUUCGGGUUUCACCACGAAUUUGGUACGUACAGUUCCGGCAUCGGCAAUUACACUCGUAUCAUUCGAAUACGUUAGAAAUCAUCUUUCCAGUAUCACUGAUUAA